AUGUUCACCUUCUCCGCCAGAUUAUGGGCAGCAGCAGGUUGUGCCGUCAUAAGCUAUCUAGCCUAUUCUACGCAGACAUAUUUUACAACUCAGUUACCCAAGGCCGCAUUUCGUGCGUCACGACUGACACCGAGCACUUUUCUUAUCACCGAAUACAAUGAUAUUUUCUCUGAACAUCCUUUCAUAUACGCCAAAGUCGUUCCAUCAGCGAACACAAUCCUCAUCAUCGACACGGGAUGCGGCGGUUUGUCAAAUGACACAGAUAUCGAGAUAACUAGUUUGCGAAAGUUUAUUGAAUCCGCCAAUGUCAAAGAUAAUAAUGGGGCACCAAUUAACGAAGGAGGAAAGAUGGGCUACGUGGUAGCCUUGACACACGUCCAUUACGAUCAUAUUUUGGCGGUUGAAGACUUUAAAGAUUGGCCGAUUCUCGCCUCCGCACAUUCCCCCAGUUUUCUUGAGAAAGAUGCGAUACCCGAGCAUUCCAUUUGUAAUGCGCUAAACUUGACGACUCCUCAAUACACACCAACCCUCGUGCCACACAUGCAUAAUAUUCUUUCAUCCGAUGCCGACAAAAAGCCAUUAGGUAUGACAAUCUUGCACACGCCAGGACAUACACCGGACGAAAUCGCCCUCUAUGAUGAAGUAGAAAAGAUGCUCUACGUCGGAGAUUCUCUCUAUGAAUGGGAGCCAAUUAUUUUCCCGAAAGAAGGGUCGAUCGCAACCUGGUUUUCUUCGAUGGACUAUCUGAUAUCCUUCGUGGAGGAGAAAAACUCUGUACUACAAGGCUCCGAUGACAAGGGUCAAGCACCCUCAGAAAUUCUGAUCAACUCCGGCCACUGUACAGCGCGGCAGCCAGCGUUAGAUGUUCUUAUAAAAGCGAAAUACUUCAUGGAGGACGUAGUUGCGGGAAAAGAAGAGGUGAAAGAGAGGGGCUGGAGUCGGGGAGAGGCAACAGUGAUGUAUGGGAAAACGGGGGAUAGAUUUUCACUCCGUUGCCCAGAGCGGCUAGUGCACGAAGCACAGAAUGUAAUGAGGAAUGACUGA